GGAAAGUGGCUGCGCGCGCUCCGGGCCGAAACUUAGCCUGCCUGGUGCUCGCGGCGUGCGUUGCGGAGAGCAGCCCCCGCGCUCCAGCCCCCCCCCGAUGGUGCUGACCCAGCGCUGGGAGAGGCUCGCAUCCCGCCGUGUGUUCCUCGACCCCCCGUCUCGGCUGCGCUCCACGAUGUUGCGGCAGCUGCUGCACGAAGGGCUGCGCGCCUCUUUCUACAGGGUCGGACACUUCGUGGCCAACCACCCGGUGUUCUUCGCCUCGGCGCCCGUGCUCAUCUCCAUCCUGCUGGGGGCCAGCUUCAGCCGCUACCGCAUCGAGGAGAACGUGGAGCACCUGUUGGCUCCCAAGCACAGUCUGGCCAAGAUAGAAGGCAACUUGGUGGACAGCCUUUUCCCGGUCAACAGAUCCAAACACACGCUGUACUCGGACCUGCAAACGCCCGGCCGCUACGGCCGGGUGAUCGUCACCACGGGCCGGGGAAGCGUGUUGGAUCAGCACCACGUCGAUCUUAUUCUGAGCCUCCAUAGUGCCAUCACCAAAAUUCAGGUGGACAUGCUAGGCUUCAAUUACACAUUUUCACACCUCUGCCUGCUGGAUGAGAACAACAGCUGCAUUGUGGAUGACAUCCUCCGGGUGCUGGAGGAAAUACGGGCCUGGAGGGCCUCAAACCGCUCAGCUCCAGCCCUGCGGUAUCCUAUCACACGGCUGCAGGAUGGGCGAGAAGCAUAUAUUGGACACCAGCUGGGUGGGGUACAGCGUGUGGGACGAGAAGGCAUGAUCGUGCGUUCUGCCCGGGCCCUACAGCUCACAUACUACCUGCAGGCGGCAAGCCCGCUGAACGAAGCCGUGGCGGCACGCUGGGAGACGGAGUUCUGCAGGACGUUGGAACGAUUUCAGGAGGCCCACCCUGAGCUUGGCCUGCUUCCGUUCACCUCUUCUUCACUGCAGCGUGACUUCCAGAGGAGUAGCCGGGUGGCGGAACGCCCCCUGCUGGUGAGCCUGGCACUGUGCGCAGCCCUGGCUGUACUGUGCUGCAUCAUGCGGGACUGUGUGCGUUCCAAACCCUGGCUGGGUCUGCUGUCGCUAGUUACCGUCAGCCUGGCUACCCUUACCUCGGCUGGCAUUGUCAACCUUACGGGGGGCAAGUACAACUCUACCUUCCUGGGGAUUCCCUUCGUUCUGCUGGGCCAUAGCCUGCUCGGUACAUUUGAGAUGCUGUCAUCAUGGCGACGAACACGGGAGGACCAACACGUGAAAGAACGUGCUGCAGCUGUGUUCUCAGAUUGUAUGUUGCCAUUCAGUGCCAGCACAGCCAUGUAUCUGGUCACCUUUGGAAUUGGUGCAAGUCCUUUCACCAACAUUGAGGCCGUCCGCCUCUUCUGCAGGAACAUCUGCAUUGCAGUCAUUUUCAACUACCUCUACAUCCUCACCUUCUAUGGCUCCAACCUUGUUUUUGCUGGGUAUCUAGAGAACAAUUACCAACACAGCCUGUUCUGCAGGAAGGUGCCCAAGCCAGAAGUACUGCAGCAGAGGCCCACCUGGUACCGCUGCCUCAUGCAUACACAGUACAAUGAGGAGGUCUCAGAGCCAGGAGACCUUCGAGCAUAUGAGCGCCAUCUACUAGUGUCCUUCAUGAAGCGCUACUACUGUGACUGGAUCACCAACACAUACGUCAAGCCUUUUGUGGUUCUGUUUUACCUAGUCUAUAUCUCCUUUGCCUUGAUGGGGUACCUACAGGUGAGUGAGGGCUAUGACCUAAGCAAUAUGGUGGCCACAGAGACCAGUACUAUUGCCUACACCCGAGCCCAGCAGAGGUUUUUCAGCAGCUACAGUCCAGUGAUUGGUUUCUACAUCUACGAGUCUAUUGAGUACUGGAAUGCUAGUGUGCAAGAGGACCUGUUGGAAUACACAAAAGGCUUUGAAAGAAUUUCUUGGUUUGAGAGCUACUUAAAUUACUUGCGUAGUCUCAACUUAAGCUCAACCCUGCCAAGACACAAUUUCACAGAGCAUCUGCGCUAUGGCUUUCUCAAGCUGCCACAAUUCCUGCACUUCACUGAUGACAUCAUCUUCACCAGACGAAUGGAUGGUGAAGCAGACGUGGCAGCUUCACGCAUGUUCCUUGUUGCCAAGACAACAGAGAACAAGAGGGAGGAGAUGUCCAUUUUGCUAGACACACUGCGCAAGCUCUCCCACACCUCCAGAGUGAAGUUCAUUAUCUUCAAUCCUUCCUUUGUAUAUAUGGACCGUUAUGCCUCCUCUGUAUGUGCCCCACUCAACAACGCCUGCAUCUCUGCCCUCUUCCUACUGUUCUUCUCUGCUUUUCUGGCAGCCGACCCACUGGUGAACGUGUGGCUGACAGUGACAGUGGCUUCUGUCACAUUUGGUGUGGUCGGAUUCAUGACUUUGUGGCGAGUGGAACUCGAUUGCAUGUCUGUGCUGUGCCUCAUCUAUGGGGUGAACCAUGCUAUAGAUGCCAGCACCCCUUUGGUAUCAACAUUUGCCUUGGGCCGAGACUAUACCCGUACACGCUGGGUACGGCAGGCACUAGAGAGACAUGGAGUGCCCAUGCUGCAGACUUACUUGUGCUACAGCACCACCCUGCUGCCCCUAGCUGCUGUUCCAUCCAACCUCACACGCACACUCUUCAGAUGUCUCUUCCUUACAGUUCUCAUCACUCUCUUUCACUGCCUGGCCAUCUUGCCUGUUGUUCUCACCUUCUUGCCACCCUCCAAGAAAAAGAGGAAAGGCAAAAAAGCAGUUGAAAACAGGGAAGAGAUUGAGUGUGUGGAAAUGGCAGACAGCACACGUGUGGUUGACCAGAUUACCACAGUCUAACCAAGGUGGAUGGGGAAUAGUUGAACAUAUCACCUCUGUUUCAGAGUCACAGAGGAAAAGUGGGUGUGAAUAAAUGAGUGCUCCUGUUGAGGGCAGAAAGCAUGACAGGAAAUAAGUGCUGGAGGCCUGCCUGUCCAGAGUGGGUAUGGUA